ACCAUUUCGGAUUUUGUCUCAGCAACCUUUCUCUAUUACUACUAUUCGCUAACGAGAGAAACAAAGCGUCUAUAUGCUCCCUCGCUUCUCUUUUCUCCUCCGUUCUCUCCUCCUUCCCCACUCUUCCGCCAUGGCCUUUGCUAUUUCACGCGCCGCCGCCACUUUCUCGCUUGAACGCUCCCCAGCUACCUUCUCCAUCUCCCGCCGUUCUUUCAAUCUAUCUCCCACGCGCCGCACGGCUCGUUUCGCUGUCCCUUCCUCGUCGAAAUCUUCUCUCUUUGGCCGGAGAUUCCACGCUUUGUGCCGAGAAGAUGGGAGGAGGCUAUCGAAGCCAAUGCGAGUCGUCUCGGGUUGGAAUAAGGAGUAUCGUAAGAUGAGAAGAAGGCCGGGGAAGAGUAAAGAGAAGCAGUUGGAGCUCAGUGUUAGCAUUUGCAUUGAAGAAGAGUUACCUGACGAUCCAGAAAUUUCGAGCAUUGCGGAGUUACUUCGUCUUAAUGUGCCAAUGGCGAUGAAGUUAGCUUUUGACCGUAUAACGGAUUCAAAUUAUAAAACAAGAGAUACUUCCAUUCGAGAUUUAGGUGGUUUUGACAGCGUGGAGUUGUCUGUACUCCUUUGUAAUGAUGAGUUCAUACGGAAACUAAAUAAGGAAUGGAGGGAUGAAGACCAUGCUACCGAUGUCCUUUCUAUGUCCGAACAUAUUCCUGAACUUAAUCUUCCUGUUCUUAUGUUGGGUGAUAUUGUUAUUUCCAUUGAGACUGCUGCAAGGCAAGCAGAAGAAAGAGGGCACACGCUUAUUGAUGAAAUACGCAUCCUUAUGGUUCAUGGGUUGCUGCAUCUGUUGGGUUUUGAUCAUGAAAUCAGUGAAAACGCUGAGGAAGAAAUGGAGGAAGAGGAGGAAUUUGUUUUGAAGAGUCUUGGAUGGAAGGGAAAAGGACUAAUACGCAGUGCAUAUGAUGCUGAAACUAAUGCAAACCUUCAUAUGGAAAAUUCAAACGGUAGUUUGUUAAAAGACAAGAAGAAAGAAGGUAGUCUUCGAUUCUACAAACCAAAGUUCAAAUACAUCUUCUGUGAUAUGGAUGGCACACUGCUGAACAGCAAAAGUCAAGUUUCUUUGACCAAUGCAAGCGCUUUGAAAGAGGCAUCAUCGAGAGGCUUAAAAAUUGUGAUAGCCACUGGAAAAGCGCGUCCUGCUGCAAUAACUGUUCUGCAGAUGGUCGAUUUAGCUGGAAAAGAUGGCAUCAUUUCUGAGCAUUCUCCGGGGGUUUUCUUACAGGGAUUGCUGGUUUAUGGUAUAAAUGGUCGAGAAAUUUUUAAAAGGAAUUUAGAUCCAAAUGUUUGCAGAGAGGCUGGCCAUUACUCUUUGGAACAUAAGGUUCCUCUGGUUGCAUUUUGCCAGGAUCGCUGUUUAACCUUAUUUAAUCACCCUCUCGUUGACACGCUACAUACCGUAUAUCAUGAACCAAAGGCAGAGAUCAUGCCUUCAGUUGAGCAUCUGGUGACUGCUGCUGACAUACAGAAGCUGAUCUUUUUCGACACUGCUGAGGGAAUAGCAACUAAUUUGCGUCCAUACUGGUCGGAAGCAACAAAAGAUCAUGCUAGUGUUGUCCAAGCUGUACCAGACAUCCUUGAAAUCGUCCCCUUUGGGACUUCAAAGGGGAGUGGAGUAAAAUUGCUACUUGAUCACUUGGGUGUCAGUUCAAAGGAGAUAAUGGCCAUUGGUGAUGGUGAAAACGACAUGGAAAUGCUUGAGUUGGCAUCUCUAGGAGUUGCUCUCAGCAAUGGAUCGGAUAAAACAAAAGCUGUGGCCGAUGUAAUAGGUGUUAGCAAUGAUGAAGACGGUGUAGCUGAUGCUAUCUACCGGUAUGCCUUCUAAAAAUCCAAACCUCAAGCUUAAGACAUACAACAAUAGCUUAAAUGGUAUAUUGCCUGCAAUUUUAGGCACUCAAAUUUUUUCCCCUUCAAAUGGAACAAUUAGAUUGAAACUUAUAUAAAUGGAGAUGCAUUUGUCAUCUUUGCCAAUAAUUAUUAUUUUCUUUUCCUUAUUAUUUGUGCCUCUUGUUUGGCUUUGUAUAAGAAUUGCUAUUAUUUUUGGCUUCCAAUUUGAAAGCAUAUGUGGCAACUAAAUUAAGUUGUGUAAUAUAUUCUUCAUUAGCGUUGGCAGUUCUUUCA